AUCAAAAUUGUGAAGUUCAUUCCAUAGGCUACUUUUAGACCAUUAGUAAACAAGGCCUAAAUUUUGAUAGUUUCUAUAAGGUCUUCUUUAUGCCUACAUCUUUAAUUUCUUAAAGAUCUUUAAUCUUUUCAUUUUUGCCUUCACCCAUUUUGCUCAAGUUCUAUUUUAUUUAAUUAACAGAAGAAUGGCUACAUUUCCCAUCUCUUUGUAGGCUAUGCACAGUGAAAAGAUCGUUAGGACCAAAACUGCACGAUAUUUGGUUAUUUCUACAUAUCAGACACUUCAGUUUUCCUUCAGCUUCUGGCAGUACUUCUUUUAGGGCUGCCUGCUAACCGAUUGGUUCGCUUUGCCACAUGACGCCCAGUAUAUGGCCCGCCCGUCAGCAUCUCCAAGGCAGAAACCGCCGCGGAGCGCAAACCUACUAUCAACUAUGGAUAUGUGUCCUAAGGCAAAGAUCAGAACAAACUACCUCUAUAAGUGUUAAGAUUUCGGUUUGACAAAUUAAUUGUCAAAUGUAAAGAAUUUGAAUUCAUUUUAAGAGGCUACGACAAUUAAGUUACUUCAGUUUAUUGUUUGUCCUGCAAGAUGACCGCUGUUCUGGAUAGCCUUGGCUCGGAUAUGCAUACAAACCAUAUAACCUCGAGCAGCUUCAGUACCGUUCACAAGUCGCAGGAUUCCCCUACAUUACCCGUGUCAUCGGUGACCGACAGCAGCUUCUACAGCAGUCCACAGAGCGGUCACUGCGCAGGAACCGCGUACGCGCAACUGGCCUCUUAUUCCUAUCAUCCUGGUGUAGUGGGUAAUGUUCACUACAGCCCAAAAGCUCACGAUUUAGGUUAUGCCUCUUCCUAUGGCGCAUAUGGAACAUAUGGACCCAGUUCUUCACCCACACCAACCGAACCAGAGAAAGAGGAAAGUGAACCGGAGGUGCGCAUGGUGAAUGGAAAACCAAAGAAAGUUCGCAAACCACGAACCAUCUACUCUAGUUUCCAGCUGGCAGCUCUCCAGCGCAGAUUCCAGAAGACCCAGUAUCUCGCGCUCCCAGAACGCGCCGAACUGGCGGCGUCUUUGGGCCUCACGCAGACCCAGGUGAAGAUAUGGUUUCAGAAUCGACGCUCAAAAUUCAAAAAGCUGUGGAAAAACGGCGAGAUUCCACCAGAGCAGCAGGUUGCCUCCGGUGACUCUCCCUCAAGCACUCCACCACAAACAGGUUGGGAUUUCGCCCCGAAUCAAGGACCGAACGACGGGGACACAGUUUCAGAGCAGCCCACGGGUCCACCAAACACCACUGUCCCAUCGUUCUUGACAAACUAUUCAUGGCAUUCAUCCACGAACACUGUUACACAUCUACAACCCAGUACCUUGAUACAACCUCAUCACAACUCUGCAAUGAGUGCAGGGACCAUAUUCUAACAGAGGACUAAAAUGGCCGAGUACACCUGUUGUAGGAGGAUGAUAUAUAUAUAUAUAUAUAUAUAUAUAUAUAUAUAAACUUGUCACUGGACUUGUAUCUUAGAAGAACAUUCAUUUUUAAAUAUAUUUUCAGGCUGAGUUUGCUAAAGAUGUUUGCUGUGGAAUUCUUUCGCGCAACGAAUGCGCUCAAGCAACAUAUCAACGCACACUAAAUUAUUUUUCUAUUUAUUUAUUUGUUCUUGUUAUUAGUCAAAUUGAAAAGGGGUAAACAGAUAGGUAUCCUUCAUAUUCCAAGUGCAAACGGGUAGCUAUUUAUUGUGUUGUAGGCCUACGUUUCAGGAUAUAUUAGGUUUAAUGAUAAAUCUAUUAACAAUGCUUCUACAACCUGCAUUCAUAAAUAAAUGUGCGUAUUACUACCAAGUAACGUUUAAUUCUUUCAUUGCCCAUGAAUUCUGUGACUACGUGUUCUUCAGGUUUUGCUCUGUAUAAAAUUCACUAUAUUGUAAAUGUAUCUGGAGUUGACAUGUAAAGUGUGUGGUAAUAUUUCCACGUUCUUUAUUUGUGAUGAUAAAUGCAUUUUCUUCUUGAAAUUGCUCGUGUGGAGGAACGGCCUCGUGAAAUUGUGUGGACGCUCACAGAAAAUAAAUAGUACAUAGGCUUGUAGCAUAACAUCCAGAAA